AUGUCUAAUAUUCCCUCUCCUACCACCGAUGAUGGCGAGGACAAUGCUUUGUCCUCAACGCCUACUCCCCACAGCCAUCUCCAUAGGUCUCUCAGUCACGCCUCUCCGUGGUCUGCAACGGAAACUCCUCAGCAUCAUAACCAAGGAACUUCCUAUUUCCCUUCUUCCUUACCGUCUUCAAGACCGAAUCCCUCUCCAAUACUCAUUCGUAGUACAUCGGCCCAUUCGGUCAGUCGUGGCAAUAGAAGCACUAGUGUGAGCUCUGGGCCUCGCUUCAGAGAGGACACAUUUAGCGAGGCAGACGAAUACGAUAGCGAUGAGGAACGACCGACCAACGACCGUUCGCACAACAAGCGUGGCAAAGCGGUCGCAGCAGCGGAAGAUAGUGAUGAGCGAGAUGACGAAUCACCUCCGCCUGUGGACAGAGACGAAGAUCCCAUCACGCUGAAGGAACGACAGUCUUUGAUCAAUGUCGAACACCCUUUCGGUCUACCCAUCUGGAAGCCUGCCCUUUACAAAAAAUCUCGUUCCAUCACUCGUUCAGCCGACCAAGCCCUUCAUUCUGUUCCCUCAGCCCAGGCAGAACGACAUCUCCUACCUGGUAAUCUAUUUUGGGUCCUAGUUUUUGGAUGGUGGUUAUCCCUCGUAUGCUUUAUCAUUUCUGCAAUUCUGUACGUUGUCCCUCGAGGUGGGAGGGAGUAUUCUCGGGUCGUUUUUGGCCUGGGAUGGUAUCUUGCAUGGCCGUUUGGGAAAUAUGUCGAAGGUCUAUCCGAUCAUAUUGAAAGCGAGGAACAUUCCAAUGAACAUGAGAGGGCCAGUAGCGAAUCCGAUACACGUACUGUUCGUGGCAAUGAGGAUGCUAGUACUGUCAGAGCUACUUCUCUGGCUGAACCCUCCCGUCACGUUCAGUCGGUCUCGUGGAAUUCUCCCUCGGUGAUUGAUGAGCGCACGACUCUUUUACCCCCCACGUCGCGUGCCGUUCCCGCCAAAUCGUAUGGAGUCCUCCAAUCUUCCGCUUCCGCUUCACCAUCAUCGAUGGGAAUCUCUAAGGAAAACACUGCAAGCCUUGCUCUAGGGAAAGUCUGUUUUUGGCUUGCUCUCAUCUGCAUCAUUGCGCCAUUGAUGCUCGUCGUUUGCCUGAUCUGUUGGGGCCUUGUUGUUACUAUCCCGAUGGCUAGGCUUAACUGGGCUCUUAUCAAACACUUGUUUGAACAGCCAGACUCGAUCAGGUUUUGUGCAGCUCCACCAGCAGUCGUUGUUUCGACAGAAGAACCUGCCUCCGAUACUACAGACAGUACUGUGGUGUCCGCUCAGUUUGCCGUCAAACACAGACGCUUGACAGAAGGUCAAGUUGCCCCGGGGUCUUCCGGAUCAGCUGUUCUACUCUGUAUCUAUCGUGCAAUGGGAUGGAAAUACUACAAAUAUACCGUUGGUGGUGUAAACAUCAUGUUCGUUAACCUCAUGGUGGUGGUGUUUUUCGUCAUCUUCGACUGGGCUGUUUUCCUUCGGUGGGUCGAAGAGCUGGAGAGGCAUGGUAGACCUGUACCCAAACUCUUGGCCCUUGUGGCCUCCCGAGGUUUGAUCUUUUUCAUGGGCCUCCUUAGCGUCAUCCCCCUCUCUUACUUCAUCGGUAUGGCUGUCGCCUCGAUCUCUGCACAGUCUUCCAUCGGUAUGGGUGCAGUCAUUAACGCAACUUUCGGUUCCAUUAUCGAGAUUCUGUUGUAUUCUUUGAUGUUAACGGAAGGGAAAGGACACUUGGUGGAGGGAUCUAUAAUCGGGAGUAUCCUUGCUGGUGUCUUGCUCAUGCCCGGUAUGAGUAUGGUUAGCAGCGCCCUUCGCAGGAAGGAACAAAAAUUCAACGCCAAGAGUGCUGGUGUAACUAGCAUGAUGUUGAUCAUGGCUAUAAUUGGUGCUUUAGCACCCACUUUGUUCUACCAGACCUACGGAAAUUUCCAAUUGGUUUGCAAAGGAUGCCCCUCGUCCCCCGGCCCCGGAAAAGUCAAUAAGCCCUGGGUUUGUGAUCAGUGCUAUUACAAGCACCCCGACCCUGUGGAUGAUCCUUUCUACCAAUCCACCGUGAAAAGCUUCAUGUACUUCUGUGCCUUCGUUUUGCUUUUUUCGUACCUCGUGGGUUUGUGGUUCUCUCUGAGGACUCAUGCUUCGCAGAUCUGGCAAAACCCUCGACAUCUAUUGAACCCUGUUGAAUUACCCAUCCAUAACCGACAGUCAAUUUACCAGAAAUAUAUUCCUACCAGCGUUCAAAGCGCCGGUCACCGUUUAACCCGGAAGGCUAGCAAUAUCACCGGCAAUGACGGCCAACAAUAUGUCCCACAAACACCUUCAACCACCCGUGAAGCUUCUCAGCAAGGAAGUUCGAGGCCGGCGAGUGGACGACCAUCAUCUCCCGUUCUUCCUCGUCGUGUUUCGUAUGCCCCUAAUUUGUCUCAGUCUCAUGUCCCAGGCUAUACACCCUUGCUGGAAAGCGUCGAUCAUGCCGUCAAGAACACUGGUCUGCAGUCAUUGCAGUUGCCAGAGACAAUGACGACAGAUGAUUUUACAAGGGCUGUCGCAGUCGCAACUGUAAGUGCGUUGAGGCACCAGCAAACCCACAACCAAGGUGCGAGGCGUCACAUGGAUGGGGAGGUGGAUGGUGGACAAGGUGGACAUGAUGCGCCUUCAUGGAGUCGAUCCACCAGUGCCAGUGUGCUGUUAGCUUGCACAGCGCUUUAUGCUGUUAUUGCAGAAAUAUUGGUCGACGUGGUCGAUGUCAUCUUAUCCGACUCUGGCCUGGACGAAAAGUUCCUGGGUGUCACCUUGUUCGCAUUGGUCCCGAAUACAACUGAGUUCAUGAACGCUAUUUCGUUCGCUCUUAAUGGUAACAUUGCGCUCAGUAUGGAAAUUGGCUCGGCAUAUGCCCUUCAAGUUUGUUUACUUCAGAUUCCUGCUAUGGUUGCGUUCUCUGCAUGGUAUGCACCUGAUAAGAUGGGAUUAGUUGCUUCUACUUUUUCACUCAUUUUCCCGCGAUGGGAUGUUGUUGUCAUUAUUUUGUCAAUGUUCUUGUUAACUUACACCUAUAUCGAAGCGAAGAGCAACUACCACCGUGGUAGCAUCCUUAUUUUGAGUUACCUCGUUCUCACUGCCGGUUUCUAUUACGCACCUCGUGAGAGUGAUGACAACGAUGAGCCAGAGUUCUUCAACUCAACCUCGAUGCAAGAGUUCACGUCCUUGACAUUGCUCGAAUACGUUCGUUGGUGUCUUACCGUGUGGUGGUGA